AUGGAUUAUUUUAAAUUUGGAUAGGUUAUCAUUCCAGGUAAUUUAGUAUUUUGGAAUAAAUAGUAUUGUUAUUGCAUCAUUCCUGUGGUCAAAUUAUUACCUGGACGUAAGAUUAUUAUCUUAUUAAUUAUAGAUGUGUUAUUAAUACCUAAAAGAUAAGCACUUAGAUUAUAAGAUUUAGAUCCUGCUGAAAUAUUUGAUUUAGGUUUAAGUGUGAAAUUUUUAACAAAAAAUCUUGAAAAAUACUUUGAUUGUACAUCAUCUACAGUAAAUAUUUCAUCAUUUUCAAAUGAAUCAGAUGGAUUGAAUCAUUGUUUUAUUCAUAUAAUUCCUCGUAAAGAAGGAGAUAUAAAAAAGAAUGAUGAUCUCUAUGGUUUACUAGAAAAUUAUCCUAAUGAGUAUAUAAUAUUUAGAAAUUUAGUUUUAUUCGUUAAUUUCAUAAUACAUUAGGAUUAGGAAAUGCAUUUAGUGAUUAGAUGAGAGACACUCUAAGUUAGGAAGCAAAAAAAUAUAAAGAAUUUUUAUAGUAAUGUUUACAAGAAGAAAUUAAACUAAAAUGA